UCCGUUGCUGCUAUUCUAACGGUCACACACGCGGCGCCGCUUUGGGUUCUACGGUUCGAUGUAACUGAUGCGGUUAGACGCGUGGAGUAGGACGUGAGCCAGCGUCGUUCGGAUGGAAGUGGCCGUGCGGUGGUGGAUGACCGCGUGGUGCACUGUGGUCGCGUGGCCCCCGUGGCACGUCGCAUGUGCCCUGGCCGCACGAUGGCCGUUGCACCGCAUGACCAACUUUAGUGGGGACAUUCUGCUGGGGGCGCUGUUUCCUAUGCAUGAGCGCAACGCCACCUACGAGUGCGGAAGGAUACAGGACGAGGGCGUGCAGCAACUGGAAGCCCUCCUGUACACACUCCAGAAGAUCAACAAUGACACGGCCUUGCUACCGGGUGUCAGCCUCGGGGUCCUAGCCCUGGACUCGUGCGACUCGACCGCGUACGCCCUGGAGCAGUCUCUGGACUUCAUCAAGGGCUUCAUCGCUCGCAGCGAUUCCGGCAGCGGUUUUGCCUGUGCCGACGGGUCAUUGCCUGCCUACCGCAGCGGGGCCUUCGACAGGGUGGUUGGUGUCAUCGGAGGGCAGUCUUCCGCAGUCUCCAUCCAGCUGGCUAAUCUGCUCAGGCUCUUUAAAGUGCCACAGAUCAGCUACCAAUCGACGAGUCCAACGCUGAGCAACAAGGAGAAAUUUGAAUACUUCUUCAGAACCGUUCCUUCGGACGUGAAUCAAGCACAUGCUAUCCUGGAGAUACUCAAGGUGUUUCGUUGGACGUAUGUCUCCGUGGUGUACUCAGACACGGACUACGGCAACAAGGGCUACGAGAAGUUGCAGGAACUGGCCGUCCGCUACAACAUCUGCUUCUCAAAUCCGCAGAGCAUCAAGACGGAUCACUACGGCGAAUCAGAAUUUGACACCGUCGUCACCAAUCUACAGCACAAGAGUAAUGCUCGGGUCGUCGUCGUCUUCUCGGACAAACGAACGGCUCGAAGUCUCAUGAGAGCUGCUUGGCGUCGAAGUGCUCGCUUCGUCUGGAUCGGCUCCGAUGCCUGGAGUGGGCUGGAAAGUGUCGCUCAAGGACACGAGGUGAUCGUCGAAGGCGCCAUCACAGUGUCGCCGAUGGUUCAGCCUCUGACCGGGUUCAAUGCGUACUUUGCGGGUCUCACACCGGAAAACAACCUUCUGGAUCCCUGGUUCGCUGAAUACUGGGAAGAAAGAUUCAAGUGCAGGCUUCCAGAGUUCCAGGACACGCCUUUCAAUACAGACUUCAUACACUGGUGUCCCGCGAGUCGCAAGAUGCCCGUUGACUUCGGAUUCCGAGGGCUGCAUUUCGUACGCGAUGCCGCAUACGCUUUCGCACAUGCCUUGCACGACAUGCAGCGGGAUCGUUGCGGACCGCAGGCCAACGGGCUCUGCCACGAAAUGGCUCUUAGCAUCGAUGGAGCUUCGCUCAAGCGCCAUCUGGAGAAGGUCACAUUCAAAGACGAAAAUGGGAAAACAUUUCGGUUCCUGCCAAGCGGUGACGCCCCUCCUCGCUACAGCAUUCUCAACUUUCAGCAGGUGGAGAACGCUACCGCUGACAGUGCACGCUACACCUGGCGACACGUCGGCACCUACUCGCUCGGCGACGAAGGCGAAGCCAAACUGGACCUAGACCGAAAUCUGCUUCGCUUCAAGCGAGACGAACCUCUCUUCCCGCGGUCUUUCUGCAGCGAACCCUGCCGUGCUGGACAGGCCAAGCUACAGCUAGAGGGCGACACUUGCUGCUGGUUAUGCACGAACUGUUCCCAGUUCCAGUUCCUGCCCGACGAGUUCCAUUGUCAGGAUUGCCCUCCCGGCAUGACCCCUGAUCCCUCCAAGACCCAUUGCGAUGCGCUUCCUGAAGAGUACCUGGGCUAUGCGAACCCAUGGGCAGCGGCAGCGCUGGCCUUCGCUGCGCUGGGUGCGGCCGCUGUCGCUUUUGUAGCUCUCGUCUUCCGUGCCUACCGGGACACUCCAGUCGUUAAGGCGUCUGGUCGUGAGGUGAGUGCUCUUCUCCUGGUAGGCAUAUUGUUGUCCUUUUGCUUGACGCCAGCAAUCGUGACGCGCCCAUCGUCCUGGACGUGUGGCAUAACCCGGUUCUUCCUGGGCUUCUGCUACGCCUUGUGUUACUCGGCUCUUCUGUGCAAGACAAGUCGCACGGCGCGCAUUUUCGCCGCUCAGCGUCGUCGGCCUCGCCUGCGCUACACUAGUCCAGGCUCGCAGCUCCUGCUCGCCGCCUUGCUCGUCUCUGUUCAGGGUGCCUUAGGCGCCGCCUGGCUCUUGUACCAGCCGCCCGCGGUGAAGCACGUGUAUCCGCAGCGGACGCGCAACGUGCUGGUCUGCGAGGGCUCGGACGACGCCUCGUACCUGGUGGGGUUGGCCUACCCGUGCUUCCUCAUCGCCGUAUGCACCGUGUACGCCUUCAAGACCCGUAAGUGCCCCGAGGGCUUCAACGAGGCACGUCAUCUGGCCUUCGCCAAUUACACCACCUGCGUCAUCUGGCUCGCUUUUCUUCCCCUCUUUGUGCUGAGCGGGUCCACCACCAUUCGAGCCCUGGCACUCAGUUUCUUGCUAAGCCUUUCUGGGGCUGUGCUACUCGCCUGUCUCUUUGUGCCCAAGAUAUACAUUGCACUCUGCAAGCCGGAUAAGAAUACGAGACAAGGUGUCAUGUGCCGUGGUCCACCUGCUGGCUACCACAGCGAACUACGGCUCAACAACUUAGCCAAGGCUGCAGAGGCUGAGAACGUCUCUUCUGGUUCGGCGGGCAACAUUUAUCUCCUUGUUCCUGGACCAGGAACAUCUCCGACCAGUGCCGAAACGGCGCCCUCGACUAACAUCAGACCGCCUGCUCUUGUGCAGAGCAAAACUCUUUGAACCAACGUCGUCUUAGUGGCGAGAAGGAUGUUCCUGCGCCAGGGAACUUCUACUACCGGAAUUUAUGUCAGAACGUGGAAGCUACGCCCUCCCAGGCAUGGAACACGCAGAGGGCGCUGGAACAUGCUUGGAUGGGGGAAGAGGAAUAUGGAGUGAGGCUGAGUUGUAGGGUACUUUACAGAUGCCUGCAAAAUGGCGUCUCCAAUCGCACCCGUGCCUAAAGGCGGUGGCGGAAAGUUGCAGGGUGCAUCCUCCAGAGAGGAUACAAACAAAGAGUUCCAUUCCAUUCGAUCUAUAGUUAAAGCGAAAACAACAUUAAUCUUACAUGUUAACAAAAGAUUAAUAUGAUUAUUUUAGUACAAAUAAGUAUAUUCUGUGAUAUUAGCCUAUACUGUUCGCUUCAGAUGGCCCGACGUGCUUCAUUUCGCAAUUUAAAAAAAAAACAGCGAAAUACCAGUGUUGCCGCAACACGUUUAAUCAACAAUCAUCGUUGUUUAUUGUCACACCGGGUAACUGUCGUUUUGUGUCGCUUAUUCGGAGCGUCACGGUUACCGCCUUGUAUCAAACAUUUUGGUUUUACACUAUCGUGACGGUUGCGAUGUCAUUCUUAUAGCAGACCGCGAUACAAAUGUGAGCACAGUUCUUGUCGGGUCCGUAGGAGUCAUGUUUGAUGAGACUUUGAUGAUACAGCGUCUCGGGAACCUGUUAACUUCUUAUUGGAAAUUGGCGGACUAACACCCAGUGAUAAGUCAGCUUAUCAUGUGACCCAGAUGUGAUUUUUUUUUUUUUUCAUUCUUUCGAUAGCAUUUGCAUGAGGGCACGUCCUAUAUAGUCUGUCGCGGAACGUGAAAAGCAAUCUAGAUGUAAGGAAUCUAGAUCUAACUCGUACGAGGAAUUACGUUUUUACGGGCACCAUAUCAUAAGGAAUAUCGUGAAACUCCUGUAGCUUCACACGAUGUGUCACGACCAUAUCACAUGUCUAACAUCGCGAUAACUUUAUUGCAUUCCCUAUUCAUAUUUUGAUCUUGUUAAUCGCUAUCGUACCUGCAUGUGGCGGACCUCCACUAAUGUGCCAAAUAUGAUUGUAUUUAUAGUUUGUAAUGUUUAAGAUGCGAACUAUGUCCGAAGUGCGCUUAUAAUGACGUAUAAGCUUCCUUUGCCUGUGAAGUAACUGUCUUCUGCAACUCAAGUAAUUCUCGUCAUGGUUAUAAAGUAAGCUUCGUCUGCUUGCGAAAUAAUUGUCUUCUGCUUCCAAAGUAAGCUUCGUUGCUGUAUGUAUAGGUUCAAAAAGCCUUUGACAAAUAUAACAGUGCAUAAUGUUGUAAAUAUGUGGCCACACACUUUGUGAUCGUGUAAAGACUAGAAUAUCAUCCUUGUUGUACCGCUUCUUAUAUGCUUUUUUAUGUCGCAAAGGUAAAUGUGGUUGUGCAAUCAACAUCUAUGGACAUCAAUGCCGGUGAUAUGGCAAAUAUGCCUCUAGCAAGAGACGUCCUAGCAGAUAUACUCAUUCUGCAUGAUGGUACACACGCAGAUAUGGACGGGAAAUAAAAGAUAAUACAUUUCCGAGUCAUCUGUUGUGGGCGCGCAGAACUUUACCCGCUGCCUACGACGUCAUGGCGACU